AUGCGCGUGUUAGACCGAUCCUUCUUUCAACGAACCAUUCCUACGGCAGCGGCACGAGUUUCCAACAACAAGGACAUAUCUGGCUGCAGGAAGACGCUGGAAAGAAUCAAGGACAUGCUGGACAAGUCCCGCCUGCUCGUCGUCCGCCCGGAUCCUCUCCCGGAGCUGGCUAAGCUGGGACGGAAGUGCCUGCUGCUACGUCCAGAAGUCAGACCAGAUGACUCAUCAACAUGGAGCCCCGAGUUACGCGACAUGGAUAAGAAGGGAGUGAUUAGCGUGAUACCUUACAACCUGCAUCUGGACUAUGAUUACUGGACAUAUCAUGAUAUUAUAACCGCUAUCCUUCCAGAAGAUGAGCAGGGAGAGGUGCCCAGCGGAUUCGUUACUGUCGGUCAUGUAGCCCACCUCAACCUUCGUGACCAAUAUCUCCCCUACAGAAAGCUCAUUGCGGACGUCCUAAUGGACAAGAAUCAUGGCAUCAAGACCGUGAUCAACAAGAUUGACAACGUAGGCGAUGAGUCUGAGUUUCGAACUUUCAACUACGAAGUUCUAGCCGGCACAGAGGACCUAAACGUAACGGUCAACCAUGAGAACUGCGUCUUCCGCUUCAAUUAUGGGAAAGUCUACUGGAACACGCGGUUAGAUACCGAGCACCGACGCCUCGUGGAGCUCUUCAAAGAGGGUGAUGCGGUCUGCGAUGUCAUGGCCGGGGUUGGUCCCUUCGCAUUGCCGGCUGGCAAAAGGGGCAUCUUCGUAUGGGCGAACGACCUCAACCCCGAAUCUUACGCGUGUUUAGUGGACGGAAUCAAGCGGAACAAGGUCAAUGAAUAUGUCAGGCCAUUCAACAAAGACGGUCAUGCCUUCAUCCGGGACGCGACGCAUGAGUUGCUGAACACCGAGCACAGCGUGCCGAUCUACGCGAAGACAAGUAAGAGCGCUCCGUCGCCAGCUCCUCUGAAAUCUGCGCAGCCGAUAAAAACGCUCGCACGGCCGAAGACUUUCGGACACUAUGUCAUGAACCUACCGGCCAGCGCUGUAUCGUUCUUACCCUCCUUCAUUGGCCUGUACGCCUCACCGGUCACUUCGCCCUCCACCACAUACGAAGAGCUCUUCGAGCCUUAUACAGAUAGGAAGUUACCGAUGAUUCACGUCUACACCUUCAGCACUAAAAGCGAUGAUAAUGUGGCGCAAGGCGUUGAGAUCUUUGAAAGAAUAUCGAAGGAGGUCGGAUACGAGAUUACGCCGCAAACGCCUGAAACCACGAUCUGGGAUGUCAGGGACGUUGCACCGUCGAAGAGGAUGUUCUGCGCUAGCUUCAGACUCCCUCGUGAAGUUGCAUUCAGGAGUAGGACAUAG